CCAUAACAAGUCUCAAAUGUCUCAUCCACAAUUGAGUGGAAGCCUGGAGGAGGUGUGCUGUAAUCUAAAAACUCUUCUCUUAUCUUUUGAUCCUCUUCUUCCCAUUUCCCAACAAAGCUGAAAACCCAUCAAUUUAUCCACCAUAAAUUCUUCAUUUGUGUGAAACAUGGCCAAGUCUUUAAUGAUCUAUAGUGGUUCCCAUCAAGUUUAGGAUAAUGCUAUUCGACAUCCACAAAACGUCGUCGUUUAACAAGGUUAUUGUGAUCACAACGGCGUAGCCUACCACAGGCCAAAGAAAUCAUGCUUGGGAUGGAUUGAAAACUUACGAUGGUGGUAGUUUCUUGGGGUCAAGAAGAGACCAUUACUGGUUUUUAAAGGAAAAAAAUUGAGAGAGAGAAACAGAAGGGUAUGGGAAGAGCUUUUGUGUAUGUGAUUCUAGGAGGAGGGGUGGCAGCUGGUUAUGCAGCUCUUGAAUUCACAAGAAGGGGGGUAUUUCAUGGGGAACUCUGCAUUAUCUCUGAGGAACCUGUUCCUCCUUAUGAGAGACCUGCACUGAGCAAAGGGUAUUUACUUCCAGAAGCUCCAGCACGCCUUCCAUCAUUUCAUACUUGUGUUGGAGCCAGUGAGGAAAGAUUGACUCAAAAAUGGUAUAAAGAACAUGGCAUCGAAUUGGUCCUUGGAACUCAUAUCAAGUCUGCUGAUGUGAAGCGCAAGACACUAUUGACUGCAGCUGGAGAGACUAUAAGCUACAAGAUUCUUAUCAUUGCAACAGGUGCUCGGUCUUUGAAGCUUGAAGAAUUUGGAGUGACUGGAUCAAACGCUGAAAAUGUUUGUUAUUUACGAGAUUUAGCUGAUGCAGAUAGACUUGUUAAUGUGAUGCAAUCAUGUGCUAGUGGGAAUGCUGUUGUCAUUGGUGGUGGCUACGUAGGAAUGGAGUGUGCUGCUUCUUUGGUGAUCAAUAAAAUAAAUGUGACUAUGGUUUUCCCUGAAGCACAUUGCAUGGCCCGAUUGUUUACACCCAAGAUUGCUAGUUAUUAUGAAGAUUACUUCAAUUCUAAAGGAGUAAAAUUCAUCAAGGGAACUAUUAUGUCAUAUUUUGAUAUGGAUUCCAAUGGAAAGGUCACAGCUGUUAAUCUUAGAGAUGGAAGUCAGCUACCUGUAGACAUGGUUGUGGUAGGAAUUGGGAUACGUCCAAACACAAGCCUCUUCGAAGGCCAACUAACCUUGGAGAGGGGUGGGAUCAAAGUGAAUGGGCUAAUGCAGACAAGCAACAGCUCAGUCUAUGCCAUAGGAGAUGUUGCAGCAUUUCCUGUCAAAUUAUUUGGUGAAACUCGUAGGCUUGAGCAUGUUGACUCGGCCCGAAAAUCAGCAAGACAUGUAGUUGCUGCAAUAAUGGAGCCAAAUAAGACAGAUGACUUCGAUUACCUGCCAUUUUUCUAUUCCAGGGUCUUCACAUUGUGUUGGCAGUUUUAUGGGGACAAUGCAGGAGAAGUAGUGCAUUUUGGGGAUUACUCAGGAAGUACAAUUGGGGCUUACUGGAUAAGCAAAGGUCAUCUUGUUGGGUCAUUCCUUGAAGGAGGAAGCAAAGAAGAUUUUGAAGCUAUAGCCAAGGCCACAAGGCUUAAGCUGGCAAUUGACGAUUUGACCGAGCUGGAAAGGCAGGGUUUGGGCUUUGCAUUGGCAGUCAGUAGGAACCCAGUUAGGUCUCCCCCCGGUAAUGUCAAUGCUCCUAGCCUCAUUCUGGAAAGACCAUUGUAUGCUUGGCAUGCAACGGCUGGCGUUAUUGUUGCUGCAUCAGUGGCUGCAUUUGGAUAUUGGUACGGAAGGAGGCGUAGGAGGUGGUGAAGAAAGUUUUUAAUGCUUUAGUUGAACUCCUGUGAUAUCUUCUUGUAGCAUUGAUAGGUAUAGUUGAUUUGGCAAGCUACUUUAGUAUAUCACUCAAUACAAAAGUAAAUUAUCUUCAGUUUAUUGCUGUGGCAUAAUUUUAUUUUUCUUCUGCAUGCAUAUCUAUAGAAUACAUUAUUAUGACUGAUCCAUACCUAUGGGGAAUGAAAUAUCAUCAUCUUCUUCUUCUUUCUCCUUUUCUUUCAUCUUUCUUUCUCUUACCUCUUUAUUUUUCAUGUGAGUUUUAUCCAUUUUAAUAAAAGCUUUAUACCUUCUUUUGUUAGUUCACCUCUAGUUUCUUUAUGCGGUUUUUUGUGCUUGGAAAAAGAAGGCAGGCCAAAUCAGGUAGUGUUUUGGACUGAUCUACUCAACAACCAAUCUACCUCCAUGGUGACCGGUGUUUCUUUGACAUCAAAGUGGCUUAGAUCACUAGUUUGCAGUUGGUCUCAAAAAGCUGAUCCAGCCUAUUUGAAGAUUAACAUAGCUUCUAUAUGCCCCACCUCUCUUUAAGACUCACAAGGAGUCUUCAAUCUGUGUUCCCACCUAAUUUCAGGUGGCUCACUUGUCACUAAUCUAGUUUCUUUUUCUUUUUCAAGCUAUGUAAACAUUGAGUGAAUUAAGAGUGCUAGAAUCUAUUUGUUUGGAAGUUUGAAUAUAGUUAGUUAAAUUUCUAGUCUUA